AAACCUUUUUUAAUUUAUUUUCUAAAAAACUCCGAUGGUGAUACAGUGCUUCACAUAGCAAUCAUUAAGAAGCAAGUGGAAAUUGUAGAGUAUCUGAAGGAUGAGAACUUGUGGAACGUAGCGAACAAGGAAGGUAAGACUCCACUUAUGUUAGCUCUGGAAAAACUUGACGAAAAGGUCUUCCUAUGCGUCAAAUCAAUACUACCUUGCAAGGCAGUAGUUCGACUGUAUCGAGGAGCGGACAACAUAACCCUUCUGCAUGCAGCUGUUCUGAAAGGAAGCGUCAGGUUGGUUCAAGUGUUGCUAAGGGAAUUCGAUAUUGAUUCCGGUUGGGCUGAUAAAUUUGGCAACACUGCCAUUUACUAUGCCGUUCAGAAGAAACAUUUCGAACUAGUUAAAAUACUUAUGGAUGCCAAUGUUUCACUAACAGGUCCCAGCGGGCUUCCGUCUAUGCCACCUUUUGUAGCAGCAGUACUAUGGAAUCAACUGAACAUAAUAAAACUCUACCUACAAAUAGAAGCUGGCGCUGCUAUCAAGUUAAAGGAGCACUGCGCUGAUGGUAGGAAUCUCGUGAUAUCAUCAACAAUACAGAAUAAUUUCGAAAUAUGCAAACUUCUACUGGAAUGCGUUGGGUUCGACUUGAACGUAGGGUACGAAAAUGGUUUUACAGCUUUGCAUGCAGCAGCUGCUGGAAGCUCGGUGCGAAUGGUAGCUCUCCUCUUACAGCAUGGAGCUCACAUCGAUCAAUCCAACUAUGAUGGCAAGACUGCUCUCUUGAUGGCUAUAGAGAACGGAAACUGGCGUGUCGCUCAUUAUCUUCUCUCAAAAGGUGCCUCUAAACAGGUUGUUACAGACUACCAUUACAAGGGAGAUCAAGGCAUGAAUGUUCUACACUCCGUGGCAGUGAAAGGUGAACUUGAUUCGAUCAAGUUCCUCCUGGAUAGAGACUUUUUCGAACAAUCGGUGACAGACGCGAUGGGAAAAACCAUGGGUCAUUAUGCAGCAUCUAACAAACAACAUGACGUGGUUGAGUAUCUCAUAUCCACGAAUUUCCCCCUAGAUCUAUUGGAUAACGAAGGGAAAUCACCGUUGGUUUGUGCGUUGGAAAACGAAGACUUGCAACUAGCGAAGCGACUCAAAUCCAUUGGUGCGUCGCUGGAUGUUGUUCAGCAGUUUGACCAAAGACACUCCCUUCUGGUGCAAGCAGUAGCGGAGAAAAAGACUGAUCUUGCCAAAUUUAUAAUCGAUGAAUGUUUCCUAGAGACAAGCGUGGCGUUGGAUAAUAUUUUAAUUUCACUAGAUCAGAUAGCUUUGGAUGGUGGGUGUGUUAAGCCACUAGUAAAUACCAACGAGUCUCAAAUAUCCACGUCACGAUUGAUACAACACUUGCUUGAAGGAAAUCGAACACUUGCAGAAACUCUCAUAGAUGAUGAAGCAUCUCUGGAAGAGUUGAGAAAUUUUCGCUUGCCAACUAAAGACCAGGAAACAGUUCUGCAUGUUGUUUCUCGGAAUGGUCUAACGUCUUGUCUGAAUUUGUUGCUUGAGAAAGCUGUUUUCCAGGUAGAUGUCGGAGAUAUUGAUCAGACUACAGCUCUACAAGAAGCAGCCAUGUAUGGACAAUUAGAAUGCGUAAAACUUUUGCUACAGUACGAUGCGAAUGUAAACUUUGUGGACUUACAGAACACUACAGCGCUAACGAGAGCUAUCUUUAACUCGAAGAAAGAAGUGGCAAUCUUUCUCCUCGAUCUUGGAGUCAAAGUUGACAAUACAAUAUCGUUUCGUGUUGCCUCUAGUGAUGAUUCAUCGGUCCUGCAUGUGGUGGAUUACCAAGACGUAGGAUUAGUUGAACUUCUGGUCAAUAGAGUAGGGAUUGAUGUGAAUGUCCGAGAUAAUUCUGGGCGGACGGCCUUGCACUAUGCUGCUCUGAUGAGAACGAUUCAACCGGUUGAGGAAUUAUUGAAACUAAGUGCGAACCCUGACUUGAUUGAUCAUCACCAGCGAACACCAUUCGUAGCAGCUCUUCUAUCAGGUCAUAUUGACACUGCAGAGCGACUACUCACGGCCACAUCUGACCGAGAAUAUCUUAGAAAUUUUCGAAUGUCUGGUUCUCAAAAAUCCAUUCUACACAUCGCACUCGAUAAAGGUAGCAUUGGAUUGUUUAUGCGGCUACUGAAUGAUUACAAGCUUGAUUGCAGUUGUGUUGAUCUGAAUGGUAAAUCAGUUCUUCAUUAUGCCGUUGCUACAGGUAAUGCCACAUUGAUAGAGCAACUCCGAUUCAAUCCGGACUUACUAUUUGCGAAGGAUAAUUUUGGGGAAUCUCCCCUUUCGAUUUGUUUACUUCAAUCAAAUUUGAAGGUUUUCUUCGCCCUCAUUCAAUCAUUGACCACCGUUGACCCUUUGAUAUCGGUUUUCAAGCAAGUACUACAACUGAACCCUACACAGUUUACCAAAAACUAUAGCAGAUGGCUUUUGAACAAUAGGAAGUGCUGGUUUGCAGGAAACGAGCGAUUCAUCGAUUUGAUUAAAAAGAGCUAUGAUAGCAAUCCACUUGAGUCUGCUAUAUUGAGGAACGAUAAAGAACUGAUAGAGUUAUUCUUGGAAUGCGGAUUUGAGAGGUCGUUUCUACAGGAUCGAGUUUUUCUGAACACAACCACUUGGCUGCACAUUGCAGCAAUAAAAAAUUACCAUUUGCUUGUAAAAGUAAUAUUAGACGAGUUCCAAAUUCCGGUUGAUUCUACCGAUAAUCACCAGCAAACUCCACUAAGCUACGCAGUAGUUAUGCGGCAUACGGAAACAGCAGCUGCUCUUCUGAAGUAUGGAGCAAACGCCAACUAUCAGGAUUCAAAGAAACGAACUCCUCUCCAGUCAGCCUUGGAGAAUAACCACAAGGAGAUGGUCCAGUUGCUUUUGGAUAAUAAUGCAAAUAUAUCAUUGUUACAAGAGUUCCGCUACGAAAAUGACAAUCAACACCUGGUUCAACAUUAUCUCGUGGAACGAGGGUUGGUGGAUAUGCUCAACUUCAUCAUUUCCGACAUUGAUUUAAAUCACUGCGACAAACACGGAAUGACGUCAUUACAUUAUGCUGCCGGUUGUAAUCAGCUGGAAAUGAUUGAUAUUCUAGUCAUUGCUGGAGCAACGGUGGAUUGUACUGACAAACACGGGUCAACGCCUUUAAUGCGAGCUCUAUCCAAAGGACAUCUUGAUGCGUAUCGAAAGUUGCUGGGCUAUGGAGCUAGCAUAGAUCUGGUGAAAGAGUUUCGAAAUAAUGCCUACGAUGGUGAAACACUUCUGCAUAUAACGGCGGAAAAAGAUCGAAUCGCCCCGACUAAGCUUCUGAUUGAGGAGUUGGAAUGUGAUGUAGACUGCGUGGAUAAGAAUGGGAACACUCCACUGCACUGUGCCAUCCAGAAGGGUUGUUUCGAAGUGGUAAAAUACUUGCUAGCGAAAAAUGCAAACUUACAGUUGAGAAAUGGUGCUGAUCAAACGGCUAUGCAGAUGCUGGAAGCAACAGAUAACGAUUUAGCUAGCGGUGUGCCGCCUUCUGCAGAUGAAGGAUGAAAAUGAUCAAAUUUUAUUGGAAUGAAGAAAUGUAUUCAAAUGUAUGGUCAAUAUUUGAUACUAGGAAUAUGAGUAGAAUCUUGUGCAGGUUUGUUGAUGUUUGUGGAAAAGCAGGACAUGUAGGAUUAGGUGAUCUAUAUAAAUUAAGGACCGCUCACCAACAACAUCCCAAACACCAGAAGAUAUCGGCCAUCGGUUGGACACAAUUAAACAAGAACAACAACAAAUGGGCAUAGCAUUGAGUGUGAUAGCACAAUCAUCAUUUCCAGGGAUCCUCAACACCAAAGACUAGUACGAGUGGCAGCGUCGACAGCAACAACAACAACGACAUUAUCAACGUUAAUAACGUAACAACAUGACAAAGGCAACAGCAAGUCAACCCGACACCGGUUGGUAGCAGUACAUAAGAUAAUAAUUAGAAGUAAACACUUUCUCAGAGAAUGUAAGCUCUUUUGUAUUUCGCACAUACAAUUCAAAUUGAGGCAAUAAAUCAUUCUAGUUCAGACCAUCGUCGCGGGUAGACUUAAGUUUUUUUUUAAGUCUUCGAAGUUCAAUCGAAACAUAACUGGCGCAAUCGGUAUGAUAGUGCAAUAUCCCCGCGAGUCAAGUGUAGUGAGUAAUCCCUGGAAGAUUCAUCGAGAGGACAUCGAACAAAAUGAAUCCACUAUCACUGCCCAGCUUCUCGUCGGGGUCCGUGAAAGAAUCAUCCAUGUGGACAUGCUCAUCGUCAUCUUCACCAUCGAAAGGCUGUGCGGCUACGUGGACAGUCCCGUCUGGUUGGAAGAUGGAGGCGCAUCUAAAGCUUGAGUCACUUA